AGAUAUUGAGAAGUUCGCGGAGCGCGGGAAGGGUGACGUAAGCAGGGGGGCCGGGCCCCGGGCAUAUAAAUACAGCGGCUCUGGGCUUCAUUCAUAAGACUCAGAGCUACGGCCAAGGCUGGGAUACGCGGAGCUGGGACUUGAUUGUAGUGGUUCUUCGUCUUGGGGGCUGUGAAAUUCAGUUUAUUAUUUUUCCGGAAAGUUUUUGGAAGGAUUCUUCUAGAUAAUUCUACAUUUUAUUUUGGAGGAUCGACUUACUUUUUUUCGUCUUCCUUAUUACUCCCCUCCCCCCGUGGGACCCGCCGGACGCGUGGAGGGGACCGCACCCGAAGCAGAUUCUGUACAGCAGGACAGAGCUUUCCGCCUCUGGGGGAGCGAUCCCCCCUCGCCCCCGGGUCCUACGGAGCCUGGACUUUCAGGAGGCACAGCGGCAUCUUGUGGGGGCCUGGGCACCGCAAAAGAAUUACACAGAAACUUUGCCUUUGUUGGAGCGGGACGCUGCCCCCAUCCCGAGUUUCCCCGGACUCUCACCUUUCUUUCCCCCACCCGGCCAUAGCCUUGGCUUCCCGGCGACCUCAGCGUGGUCACAGGGGCCCCCCUGUGCCCAGGGAAAUGUUUCAAGCUUUCCCCGGAGACUACGACUCCGGCUCCCGGUGCAGCUCCUCACCCUCCGCCGAGUCUCAAUAUCUGUCUUCGGUGGACUCCUUCGGCAGUCCACCCACCGCCGCCGCCUCCCAGGAGUGCGCCGGUCUUGGGGAAAUGCCCGGUUCCUUCGUGCCCACGGUCACCGCGAUCACAACCAGCCAGGACCUCCAGUGGCUCGUGCAACCUACCCUCAUCUCUUCCAUGGCCCAGUCCCAGGGGCAGCCACUGGCCUCCCAGCCCACAGCCGUUGACCCCUAUGACAUGCCAGGAACCAGUUACUCCACGCCGGGCAUAAGUGGCUACAGCAGUGGCGGAGCUAGUGGCAGUGGUGGGCCUUCCACCAGCGGAACCACCAGUGGACCUGGGACUGGACCUGGGCCCCGCCCAGCCCGAGCCCGGCCUAGGAGACCCCGAGAGGAGACGCUCACUCCAGAGGAGGAGGAGAAGAGAAGGGUUCGCCGAGAACGAAACAAACUGGCAGCAGCAAAGUGUAGGAACCGGCGAAGGGAGCUGACUGACCGACUCCAGGCGGAGACAGACCAACUGGAGGAAGAAAAGGCGGAGCUGGAGUCGGAGAUCGCCGAGCUCCAAAAGGAGAAGGAACGUCUGGAGUUUGUGCUGGUGGCCCACAAACCGGGCUGCAAGAUCCCCUACGAAGAGGGGCCCGGGCCGGGCCCGCUGGCGGAGGUGAGAGAUUUGCCGGGGUCAGCAUCCACUAAGGAAGAUGGUUUCAGCUGGCUGCUUCCGCCCCCGCCACCACCGCCCCUGCCCUUCCAGACCAGCCAAGACGCACCCCCCAACCUGACAGCUUCUCUCUUUACACACAGUGAAGUUCAAGUCCUCGGCGACCCCUUCCCCGUUGUUAACCCUUCGUACACUUCCUCGUUUGUCCUCACCUGCCCGGAGGUCUCCGCGUUCGCCGGCGCCCAACGCACCAGCGGCAGCGACCAGCCUUCCGACCCCCUGAACUCGCCCUCCCUUCUCGCUCUGUGAACUCUUUAGACACAAAACAAACAAACACACAAGGGAGAGAGAGAUUUGGAUGAGGAGGAGAGAGGGGAAGAGACAAAGCGGGCGAGUGGCCUCCCUGCCUCUCCUGUCUGACCCUCCGCUGCCACUGCCGUCGGACAGGAGGACUUCCUUGUGUUUUGUGCCGCCUCUUGUUUCUGUGGCCCGGCGAGACCAGAGAGCUGGUGACUUUGGGGACAGGGGGUGGGGAGGGGAUGGCACCGCCCCCCGGCUGCCUGUCGGCUGUCUGGCUUCAACCCAACCUCUGGGGAUGGGGGAGUGGGGGCGGGGGUGAUGCCCACCUUUGGGCUGGAGGGAGAGGGGUGCUGGCGGUGGGCUUUGGGGUGAGCUGUAGUCCUCUGCAGAGAGGCCCAACAAGGAAAUGCCACAGGACCCCCAAAGAGUCUCCCACGCCCACCCUUCAAGGGGUGACCAGGCUGGUUCUCCCUGCUCGCCCCCCACCACGACCUUAGCUUAUUUAUCUAACAUUUCCAUGUGGGUAGGUCCUCCCCUGAAUUGAGCCCCCCUUUCAAGGGAAGUUGAUGCCCCCCUAUGAUGAUCCCCUUCCCCCCCCCCCGACCCAGACUUAGUCUGAAAUGUGAACCUCCCUCCCUGACCGUCCAGCUGCUCCCUCCCAGCGAGACUGGCUCUGAUUUAAAUUUCCUGAACCCUAAGGAUCCCCCGCACAUUCAGCCCCCAGCCCUCUUUUGGGAUUCCAGUGUUAGUCUACCCUCCCCCACCGCCCGUCAGCCUCCCCUCCGGGCCUUCCUUGUUGGGCCUCUCUGAUUCAGGCAGCAGUGGGUGCUGUGAUGCCUGUCCCGCGGGAGUGUUUUAUACUGUGAAAUGAGUUGGCCGGAUUGGGCGGGGGGGGGGGAGGAGCCCGGUGGGACAGAACCCCUCCGGAGGGACUGUGCCGCCCACUCCCCAAAGCCCUUCCGUGGUCUCCCCUCCCCCACCCGCCUCCCUCCUCCCCUCAAAAUGAGUUUGACUCAAGGGGGUGACAGAAUCGAGAGGGGCUGACACUUACCCAUUCGCGUGGCCUCUCUCCUCAGGACCCCCGCCCCUCCCCCCAGACCAAGCCCUGGCCUUUUCCUUUAAGGCCUGUCACCCUAACCCAGCCUAGGACGCCAAUUUCUCCCUCCCCUCGGCACCCCACAUCCUUUCUAGAAAGGGAGCAAGGGGAGAUUGCCAGGGGGCCCGACGUUUUUCCGGAGAAGAUUUAAAGGCUGAGGCUUUGAACCCGAAGGGGCUGGGCUCCCGCCGUCCCAGCUUCCCCUCCCCCUGCCCCAGCCCCAAUUCUUGGUUUCGGCUCCCUCCCCCCUCCCCCCGCCUUUCCCUGUGUUUCACCUCAUGAGAAUUUUAUCAUGAGGCCAAUUGAUAUUUUUUAAUAUCGGGUGGGUCACGCCGCCCUCCGUGCUGCAUGGAGAACAUUCCACUGCCCCGUCCCGCAGCUCCCGCCCUGAACCCAGACCCCCCCCCGGCUAUUUAUCCCUUUCCUGAUUUCCGAAAGGCACUUAUAUCUAUUAUGUAUAAAUAAAUAUAUUAUAUGUGGGUGUGUGUGUGCGCGUGAGUAUGUGAGAGCUUCCGCAACCUUGUUCUAGGUCAUGUUGGCCCUCAAAGCCAUGCCGUUGAAUUGGAAACACUGCUUCUGGAAACUUCGAGGCGGCCUGUCUUGGGCUGCCUCUGUCUCUAGCUGUCUCUUUUCUGAUUGUCUCGGCCCCUCUGGUUGUUUUCUGGCCGUCUCUGCCUGUCUCUUUCCCGAGUGUCCCUUCCCCUCUGUCUUUUCUCUGCCUGUUUUUACUUGACCGUUUCCAUCUGAUUGUCCCUGAUCCUCCAGCGGUCUUCCGACUCCGGGUUCGUUGGGGACCUGAGAUUUUAUUUUUGUGAGUAAGCCUGUGGGAUUAUAGAUGUUUGUAAUCUGUAUCUUUGAGGAUUCUGGGUGUGAGUGUGAAGCUGUGAGCAGGGCCUGCCGCUGCAGACCACAAUUUAUUGAAUAUCCAACUACCCCCACCCCAUGCUGUAUUUGUGAUUCUCUUUUUGUAUUUUGCACCUGACCCCUGGGGGGCUGGAGCUGGCUGGCACUGGGCCGCUACCCUCCCCUUCGUGGUUCUGCACUGUCGCCAAUAAAAAGCUCUUAAAAGUG